AUUUAAGUUGCUGUUAAAUCCUCAGUUGAUUAAUUUUUGAAAUGAUUUAUAGAAUUAAAAUUUACGAUGAAAAUUGCCUUACUGUUUGAGGGCCGUAAGAAGCUUUUUUUAGAUCAAUAUAACAAAUAUUUGUGAUUUAUCUUAAAGGUCAUUUCUUUAGCUUAACAAAAAUGACUAUUGUUAAUCCAUCACAUAAUCCAUCAUUUUUGUCUGUAAUAAAGUAGACAUUGAGGCAACAGGACUGGUUGACGAUGAUGAUGACGACGAUGAGGAAGAUGAAGAAGACGAGGACAACGAGAGAGAUGGGAGCAGCGAAAUUGAGGGCAUAAGUGAGAAACAAAACAAAGAGGAAGUUGUCUUCAAUCAGCUGAAGAGCAGGGACUUUAUCACAGGAGAAUCUAGCAAAACAUGCGACUUAUUCCAUACCAUUUCUGCAAAUUCUUCAAAUUCUUCAAAUUCUUCUCGCUCACAUCAUGAAAACACAGACUAAAAGGAUCGUUCAAGCCCUCCUGGUUUUACAAGAAAGCUUUGUGAACGUUGUCCAGUUGCAAAGAUCCCAAAUCACUCAGGAAGCAUUCAUCGUAUCAGAAAUUACGAGACAGGCGUACCAGAUAGAAAGUAAAAUGUUCCACUUGUUAAAAUCCUUCACAUCCAGUGAUUCCGAGGAUACAAAGCAGAGAUUACAGGAACAUAUAAAGUCGUUUAAGGAAGAAUUUUCUCAGGAUACUUUACAUUACAAAAUUCCAAACCGGCGUACCAUGCCAAAGAAAGCUCAGACUAUGAUCAAGACAGAUCUUAAAGUUGCAUUUUCGCCCGAACAAUUAUCAGAAAUGAACAGGGAGGACUUUAUUUUGGAGCGAUUUCUCGGUGAUAUGAAAGGUGACAUUUUGAAAAAAAAUUUGCAAUUCCCUCGACAAGUUUGUGGAAUCCUUGAUGGACAAAGUAGCGAGUGAUCUUAUCAAAGCCAUCAUUGACUUUAACGAGAACCUCACACACCCCAUGGUCUCUAAAAUUUUGGAGGAAAGCUAUGGUGUGCAUUUCGUUGAAGCAAAAGCUAAAACACACGAACUUAUUGAAGACAAUUGAGAUAUUCUUAACCAUCUUUUGGAUUCCAUAAAGGAGGCUGCCAGGGUUGCUUUGAGGUGAGAAAUUUCGGGGCCCCUUAGUUCCAAACAGAUGACAAUUUGCACAAAAAGGGAUGUUGCUGAUAAAACACGUCGACAGUCAGUCGUGGAAUCCCUUUUCGACACAAUCGACGAAAAGAGGGUUGCAGAAGCAGUUUUCGAAGCCUGCUUCGAUCGCUUUCAGAGGAUGCGAAACCGGUUUCUAUCAACCAUGGAAUUUCUUGGUUUGUUUGUCUAAUUUGAUGAUUCAUGUUUUUUAAGAUAUUUUAGGAAGCUCGCGGUUUUUCCUUUCAGCAAGUAAGUACCGUAAUAGCAUCACACAUUUUCCGAGUUUUCUUGAUUGCUUCUGCCAUAAAUUAUCACCAGAGUGGGAAGAUUUGAAAAGACUCGCACUGUUCAUGUUUUGUUUUGUUGCCAUCAAACCAGACUUAUAACAUUCGACUCACAAUCAACUCCUUACUUAGCUCUGAUGAUGACUUUGCAAGGUUUUUGCUACUUAAGUCACUGUUAUCAGUGAAAUUUUUUUGGGGGACUCUCCUUAGCUGGAAGAUCACAACACACGAUCGUUUGGUUUGUUUGUUUGCUUGUGCAUUAUUAAUCUUUGCUUUUGCUCAUGCAAUCAUAUAAACUUUUGAUUAGCGUGUAAAAAGACUUUUUGUGCUCCUUUAUGAUCUUUACUUGAUGCUCUUGUAAAUCUUAAGGUCAUGUUCCUCAUUACAUUUCUUUGAGCUAAAAUUUUGAUGUGGGUAACUCUCUCAUUUCUCCUAGUUAAUGUCUGAUGGAAGAGCAACGAUCAACCUCGCUAAGCCUGAAUGUCCAUACGACAUGACCACUCUGGGCGCUCCGUUCCAUGUGUCACCAGAAAUGUACCAGUACCACGGGAAAGGUCACCUCAGUUACCUCUCCUACGACAUCUAUGCAUUUGGAAUGCUUUUAUGGGUGCUUUUCGAGGGACGAGGUACAUCAAGACCGAAAGUAUACAAAGACAUGAAAACUAUCCAAUCCAUGCAAGCAGCAGUGGAAAAUGGAAUUCUACCAUGUAAGGAUGAUAAAGAACUCCAGAUUCCUUCAGUGAGUGAUGCGUGUUGGAGCUUAAUGACAAGGUGCUGGGAGGACAGAGCAUCCAUGACCAUGGAUAUUAUUAUUACUGAUUUAAAAGCCAUAAGGGAAACAGUAGAAACCCGUUAACUAAAUGGUGAUGUUGCUUGAACUUUCUUAAGCAACUGGGCCUUAUAAGACCCUUCUUAAACCGAAUUUGGGCUAUGAGGUUAGGCUACUAAAGGAUUGGACCGAUCUAUCUUUUCCUCACAUUCUUUGAAGCUAUUGUCACGCAAAAAAAAGAGAGCGUAGCGUGACGAGAAUAAAAAGCACUCGUUGUUGUAUGUUAAUCGUAUAGAGUUAAGUUUAUCAAGAGCUGUAAGUUAUAAUUGUGCGCUAUAAAAGUAGAAUACUAAAGAGUAGUAUAAAGUAGAAAAUGAAGCGUUGAUAUUGCUUUUUGCUGGAUUGAAAUGAAAAAUAAUAAUUUUAAUAAUAAAAGCAAAGAAAAUGCGUGGAAAAACUGAUUAAUUGCUUUCAUUAAACAAUGGCGAUUUAAGUUCUAAGAGAGAGGAGAUCGACUUAUCUUAUGUCACGGCUUUUUGCCCAUCAGCCUCCUCCUUUUAUUGAG